AGUCUCACUUUAUCCACCGGCUGCAGUGAAAACGCAACUUCCCCCAAUACCUACUACCUACCGCCUUAGAUUGCAACGACACAGAAAAAGAAAGAGAAGUGAGUGAGAGAGAUAGAGAGCGACCGGGAGAGUGGGAGACAGUUCCACCAAGGCUGUCUUGAGUGAGAGCCAGCUCUGAGUUUUGGGGUUUCCCAAUAUUUCCCAACUUGGACUUGCCACAAUCCGAUCGACAUUGGGCAAAAAUGUGCGUUUUCUCCGAUUCUUAAUCCCAAACCUUAAAAACCUUCGAUUUUAGCCCCGCGCUUCUUCAUGGCUCCGAAAUCUUCAGGUGUUGCUGCAUUUGUCUGAGUUAUCUCUGGUUUUUAACCAGCUGACUCAGGUUUUUGUCAUAGCAAAGGGCUAGUGGAACCAUGGACUUUUUCCAGACUUUUGGUCAUCUUAAGGGUUCUUUGCGCAAUCAGUUACUAUUAUUCAUCAUUUGGUUAUACAGUUUUCAAGAAUUAGUGGCCUUGCAGAUGCUGCUUGCACCUACUCAUACUUCUUCCAUGUCAGAGCUAGCUAAUCCCCCUACUACUGGACUGUUUGAUCCCAUAGAAAUAUCUCCCGCUGUCAUUCCCCAUUACCCAAAUCCCAGUGAACCUUUGCCGCCUAUGUACCCAACCUUUCCUACCAGAUACAAGCCAGUUCUAACAGGAAAAUGUCCCGUAAACUUCACUCUUAUAUCAAGUCUCAUGGAAAAAACAGCAUCUGAUUGUUCUCAACCAUUGGCGGCACUUGUAGGAAAUGUAAUAUGUUGUCCACAGUUUAGUAGUUUACUCCACAACUUCCGGGGCUUCUACAGUAUCAACUCUGAUAAGUUGGUUUUGCAAGAUGCUGUUGCUAAUAAUUGUUUUACAGACAUCAUUAAUAUCUUAGCUAGUAGAGGGGCAAGCAGUACGUUACCUACACUUUGCUCCGUUAAAUCAUCGAGUCUUACAGGAGGGUCUUGUCCAGUGAAGGAUCUUUUUUCCUUUGAGAAAACAGUGAACACAAGCAAAUUACUGGAGGCCUGCGGCACUAUAGAUCCUCUUAAAGAAUGUUGUAGACCGGUUUGCCAACCUGCAAUUAUGGAUGCUGCUCUUCAGAUAUCAGGAAGGCAAUUGACACUCAAUGAGAAUAAGAAUAUAGUGGGUGAGCCUUCUCCAAAUGAUUCUCUUAAUGAUUGCAAAGGAGUGGUUUAUUCCUAUCUUUCAAGGAAACUUCCGUCAGAUGCUGCAAAUACUGUGUUUCGAAUAUUAUCUGCCUGUAAAGCCAACAAAGUGUGUCCUUUAAGUUUUAAGGAGCCUUCCGAGGUUAUUGUAGCAUGUCGUAAUGUAGCUGCUCCCAGUCCUUCCUGCUGUAGCUCAUUAAAUACUUACAUUGCUGGAGUACAAAAGCAAAUGUUAAUAACAAAUAGACAAGCCAUAAUCUGUGCAACAGUGUUCGGAUCCAUGUUACGGAAAGGUGGGAUUAUGGAAAAUAUUUAUGAGCUUUGUGACGUUGACUUGAAAGAUUUUAGUAUCCAAGUAUAUGGACAACAAGGGUGUCUACUUCGGAGCUUGCCUGCAGAUGUCUUAUUUGACAAUGCAACAGGCAUCAGCUUUACAUGUGACUUGAGUGAUAACAUUGCCGCUCCAUGGCCUUCGUCGUCCUCAAUUUCAUCCGUGUCUCUUUGUGCACCUGAGAUGUCAUUGCAUACACUACCGACAUCAGAGGCUUUAAAAAAUUCUGGUUGUGGUGGUGGUGAGUUAGAAUUGCUGGUACCCAUUAUUUCAUUGUUUAUUUUCAGUACAUUGUUGUACUGAAGGAGAUUUUGCUUGGGUUGAGCUGGCUUGAGGUUGGAAAUUGGUUGUGGAUUUUUUGCAUGUAUAUUUUGAAUGGCCUCCAUGUAUAGCAGCCUUGCUUUGUUUUA